AUGUAUGGAAUACGACUAUUCUCAUGUCAUCUACCAAGAAAACACAAUAUUCUUCAAACAGCUCUUCGAUGCACGGGUACAUUGGUACUGGCGGAGUAUACCAAUGAUAAGCUUAGUCCGAUAACGUUAAAUACUGUUAACGCUGCUUCUAGAUUUGGUGAAAUAUCGGUACUGGUUGCUGGUAGCAAUAUUAAUAACAUUGCUGAACAGGUAGCAAAAGUGGAGCAAGUUAAACGAGUAUUUAUAGCGGAUCAUGAAAAACUCAAGCAUCAGCUUCCAGAGUAUGUUGCUAAGGCUGUGGAAACACUUCAAAAACAGUACAAGUUCGACUAUGUAGUAGCGGGAGCUUCAACAUAUGGUCGUGAUGUAGUACCAAGAGUUGCUGCUCAAUUCGAUUCUGCUCCUGUGACCGAUAUCAUUGCUAUACACAGUGCUGAUACCUUCACGCGACCUAUUUAUGCUGGUAAUGCCUUAAGUAAGGUAAAAACUAAUGCCCCAGUAAAGUUCUUGACUUUUCGAGCGACAGCAUUUAAACCAGCCAAGGAAUCUGGUGGUAGUGGUAGAAUUGAGAAAGCCCCCGAAACAGAUUUUUCAUUCAAUGGUGUUGAAUUUUUAUCACAAGAAUUACUGAAGUCGGAGCGACCAGACUUACGGAACGCAAAAGUGAUAGUCUCGGGCGGUCGUGGUGUAGGUUCAGCAGAUAAUUUUAAAAUUAUUUAUGAAUUAGCUGAUAAAUUGAAAGCAGCAGUUGGUGCGUCACGUGCAGCAGUUGAUGCUGGCUAUGUUUCGAAUGAAUUACAAGUUGGACAAACGGGCAAAGUUGUUGCACCGGAGUUAUACAUAGCAAUUGGUAUCAGUGGUGCCAUUCAACAUACAGCAGGAAUGAAGGAUAGCAAAAUUAUUGUAGCUAUAAAUAAAGAUCCAGACGCUCCGAUUUUUGAGAUCGCAGAUAUUGGACUAAUAGCUGACCUUCAUAAAGCUAUUCCGGAAUUAAUCAAAGCAUUGUAA